AUGAACACUCUGCAAGAGGCUAGCAAGAUAUUCAGGGCCCUUAAAAGCGAGAAGCCUAGCUUUGGAGCAUGGCAGAUGCUACCCGGGACGAACAUCUCUAGGGCUAUUGCUCGUUCAGGCGUCGACUGGAUAUGUGUUGACUGUGAACACGGUAAUAUCGACGAUGGCCAAAUGCAUGAGGCCGUGGCUGCAAUCGCCGCCACCGGUGUAAGCCCCAUCGUCCGCAUCGCGGCAAAUGAAGCCUGGAUGGUCAAACGCGCCCUCGAUGCCGGCGCUCAUGGGAUAGUCGUGCCGCUGAUAUAUACCGUGGACGACGCGAAGCGCCUUGUUGCUUCGGCCAAAUUCCCUCCCCAAGGACACCGCGGUUUCGGCUCACCGUUUUCGCCGCAGACCUUCGCAAACGAGCCCUUGACGUACUAUUUGCAACAUGCAAAUGAGUCUCUCCUCACCAUCGUCCAGAUAGAGACGGCAUCUGCACUGGAAAGCGUUGCCGAGAUUGCGGCCAUCCCAGGCGUGGAUUGCUUGCUCAUUGGACCUUUCGACCUUGGAAACAACAUCGGACGGCCCAUUCUGGAAUCCGGUAUGCAUGACGAUUUGAAGAAAGCCAUUACCAAGAUCAAAGAGGCGGCGCAUGCGGAAGGAAAGAAGGUCGGAAUUUACUGCACCAGUGGCGAGCAGGCGAGGGAAUUUGCUGAAGCUGGAUUCGACAUGAUUAGCAUUGCAGCGGACAUGAUUGCGAUUCCCUCUUACUUCGGUGAGACUCUUGCUGCCGCCAGAGGUGCUGGUAAGUACGGGGUGGCAAAGGGGUUGGGGUACGAUGGGCGGUAA